AUGAAGUUCAACGCCAAAGGUUCAUACUAUAAAAACGAUUAUGCUGCCAAUCAGUUCCGACAAAAGGGCAACAAGAAAUUUGAGAAAAAUCAAUUUGUCGAUGCAAUGGAAUGUUAUAAUAAGUCGUUGUGUUUUGCUGCAAUGGGAGCUGAACCGAUGGGAUUGGCCUAUGCAAAUCGUUCCGCGUGCUUCUUGGAAAUGAAAAUGUUCAAAAGGUGUCUUGCCGACAUUGAAUUGGCCCAGCAAAACAAGUAUCCAGGAAAACUGAUGAAAAAAUUGGAAAACCGGAAGAUGGAGUGCCUGAAACUCAUGGAAUCUGAGGACGAUCAAGGUGAGAGAUGGUCGGCCAAAUUGGAUUUCGAGCCCAAUGUAAAGGUCCCGUGCAUGGCGAGUGUUGUUGAUUUUCGGAGCAACGAUGUUUCUGGUCGUCACAUUGUAGCGACAGAAGAUAUUGAAAUCGGCAAAACGGUAAUGGUCGAGCAAUGUUAUUUCGGUGUCACGCAAUAUGAUCACUACAAAAUAUGCAACAUUUGCCUUAAAGUGAAUCAAAACCUCGUCCCGUGUUCGAAAUGCACGAGCGCUCUAUUUUGUCCGGAUUGCAAGGAAAAUGAUUUACAUGAAAUUGAGUGUGAUAUGACUUUCGGAUGCCCGGUUGGUUUUAAAUUAAUGGAUGUGGUGCGUUCGGUUUCGUUGGCGAAAAAUGCAUUUACAAAUGCUGACGAACUGAUUUCUUUCGUCGAGGAAAUGCUGAAGGGUGACGCAAUGGAAUUUCCAUCGAAUCUGGAUGACCAACGGUCCAAAUAUCGAGCAUUCUUCAAAUUGUGUCCGAAUUGGCGGACAUAUGAAUUGCAUUUGCAGCACGUAUAUCUCUUUCAUCGAUUGCUUUUGGAUCAAGCCGAUAUGAAAGCAUUUUUCCACACAAAGGCACACGGUCGAUUCUUAAUGCAUUUAGUCCAGCACCAUAUUUCGAUGAUCAUUCACGGAUCAUUCAGCAAGCGAACGGGAUCAACGGAAAAUAUGACUAGCACGAAUGUUAACAUCGUCGCAAAGAAUCUCGAUCAUUCUUGUACUCCAAAUAUUUGCCAUUUCUUUAAAGACGGUUACAUCAAAUGCAUUACCGUUCGCCCAAUCAAAAAAGACGAACAACUGUUUAUUUCGAGAACAAUAUUUUGGUUCAAAAACAUAAUAACGUUAAUGCCAUCCAAAGUGACUGAGUUUGAUUCAGCUGUUUUGUCAGUUGGUCCACUUGAACCAGCAUGGUUUACAUUAACUGUAAUAUAA